AUGCCGACGUCUCUGAGAAUUGAACUCUUUCCAUCAGACCUCCAGCGGUCGAUUGGCUUUUACUCCAAUAUUUUAGGAUUUGCCUUGCUCAAGCUCAAAGGCAACUAUGCCUAUCUUGGCCGAGACGCAAUCUUCAUUGGAGCCAUCGAGGCAACUUCUUCGGAGACAAUCGAGGAACAAGCCAGAUAUCGACAGCCAACCAAGGGAGUCGAAACUGUGCUAGAAGUCGAUGACCUGAAACGAGAACGAGACUCUAUUAUGGGCAAAUGCUGGAAACUCGAUGCUGAUAUUCACUCUCAGCCUCGGGGAUUGCGAGAUUUCCGACUCAUCGACCCUGAUGGGUAUUAUCUGCGUAUCACAACCCACAGGCCUCGGCGGGAUGGAACAGGUCUAGCAGAACCUUGA